GCCGAUUCUACCUGUUCCACUCCAUUUUACUCCUCCCCUCUCUUGCCUCUCGAACCACCCUCUCUUUCUUUUUCUUCUCCCAGAUUCCACCCUAUCUAUAUUUCGAAAUGAGUGACGGAGUCAACGGCGCCGCCGAGCGAUAUGCCAUCGGUAUCUCCUUUGGCAACUCCUCCAGUUCCAUUGCCCGCAUUAACCCUGAGGGCAAGGCUGAGGUUAUUGCCAACGAAGAAGGAGACCGUCAGAUCCCUACCGUUCUCUCGUACAUCGAUGGCGAAGAAUACCACGGCACCCAGGCCAAGGCCCAGCUCAUCCGCAACUCCCAGAACACUGUCGCCUACUUCCGCGACUACCUUGGCAAGAACUUCAAGUCGAUAGACCCCACGCCGUGCCACAACUCGGCUCACCCCCAGCAGAGCGACUCUACCGUGGCUUUCUCGAUCCGUGAUUCCGAAAGCGAGAACCCCAGCACUGUCACCGUCUCCGAGAUUGCCACCCGUCACCUCCGUCGUCUCAGACAGUCUGCCACUGAUUUCCUGGGUAAGGAUGUCAAUGCCACCGUCAUCACCGUCCCUACCGACUUCACCGACGCUCAGCGGGAAGCCCUGACCGCGGCCGCCAAGGAUGCCGGUCUUGAGGUCCUGCAGCUGAUCCACGAGCCUGUCGCCGCUGCCCUGGCCUACGAUGCUCGUCCCGAGGCCACCGUUACCGACAAGCUUGUCGUUGUGGCCGACCUUGGUGGUACCCGCUCCGACGCUGCUGUGCUCGCUUGCCGCGGCGGUAUGUACACCAUCCUCGCCACUGCUCACGAUUACGAGCUCGGAGGAGCUACCCUGGACAAGAUCGUCAUCGAUCACUUCGCCAAGGAAUUCCAGAAGAAGCACAAGACCGACCCCCGGGAGAACGCCCGCGGUCUUGCCAAGUUGAAGCUCGAGGGUGAGGCCACCAAGAAGGCCCUCAGCUUGGGUACCAACGCCACCUUGAGCAUUGAGUCUCUUGCCGAUGGAAUCGACUACGGCUCCACCGUCAACCGCACGCGCUACGAGCUGCUGUCCGGCAAGGUGUUCGCUCAGUUCACCGGUCUGAUCGAGCAGGUUGUCCAGAAGGCUGGCCUGGACGUUUUGGAUGUCGAUGAGGUCAUCUUCUCUGGUGGUACCUCGCACACCCCCAAGAUCGCUCAGCUCGCCCGCAACAUCUUCUCCGAGAAGACCAACAUCCUUGCCCCCUCGACUCUCACCAGCGCUAUCAACCCCUCCGAGCUGUCCGCCCGAGGUGCCGCCAUCCAGGCCUCGUUGAUCCAGGAGUUCGAGAAGGACGACAUUGAGCAGUCGAUCCACCCCAUGGUCACUGCCACUGCCCACCUCAAGAACGCCAUUGGUGUUGAGUUCGCCUCCGGCGAGACCACCGAGUUCAAGGCUCUCCUGCACGCUGAGACUGCUCUUCCCGCUCGUCGCAUUGCGCAGUACUCCGCCCCCAAGGAGGGUGGCGACGUCCUCAUCCGUGUCGUUGAGGGUGUUCGUGACAUCAAGGUCACCAAGCCCGAGCCCAAGGCCAAGGAGGAGAAGCCCGCCAAGACCGAGGAGGACGACGACUCCGACUUCGACUCCGACUCCGACGAGGAGGAGGAGACCCGCGAGAUCGUCUGGAAGACCGAAAAGGCCGUUGCCGAGCUCGCCGUCAAGGGCGUCAAGGCCGGCAGCAAGGUCGAGCUGAUGGUCCACGUCAACGCCGACCUGGGUCUGCAGAUCACCGCCCGCGAGGUCGGUGGCCAGAGUGCUGUCCGCGGUGCCGUCUCGGCCCCUUAAACAGCUUUUUUGGUGAAUGCACAGUUUCUUUUUCUUUUUGAUGAAAUUUCCCUCUUAUCCCUUUGGACCCGCGCCAUCAUGCUUCAUGUCCUGCACCUCUUGUCUAUGAACCAUUAGAAUAUCAAAUUUCUUUUUUCUGAUUAAACUCUGUGCUUUCUGUUCUCCGUCCCUCCGUUGUUUCUGUUUGGCUGGACAACCCGGACUGGUGGUUUUGGCCAGCCGGAACAUUGGGGUCACUGAUUUUAUGAUUUUUUUGAUGACGAAUGUAUCGAUGAAGGCUCUUCAAAAAGCACAUAUACAGGUUACUCUUUAUAGAAUUCUAUAGAUUUU